ACCCAUUUCGCCGCUCCACGUCACCCUCUCUCUCUCUAUCUCUCCUUUCUAUAUAUAAUGACCGCAACGCUCGCAUCUCCUUCCACCACAAGACGCCCCUUUCUCUCUCUAUUUAGAAGAAGAAGAGAAGAAGCGUGGGCCUGUUGAUAUGUCUCCGAGGGCGAAGAACAGCGAAGGGGGCGAGGGAGGCGGGGAAACGAAGGAGAUGCGAUUCCGGGGCGUGAGGAAGCGGCCGUGGGGACGGUACGCGGCGGAGAUCCGCGACCCCGCCAAGAAGAGCCGCGUCUGGCUCGGAACCUUCGACACCGCGGAGGAGGCGGCGCGGGCCUACGACACCGCCGCCCUCCAGUUCCGCGGCCCCAAGGCUAAGACCAACUUCCCAAUCUUCACCGCCGCCGCUGGAGCCGGAACCGCCCCAUCCAGCCCCAGCAGCAGCGGCAACACCGUCGAGUCCUCCACCCCUUCCGCGCCCCCUCCACUGGAACUCGAGCUCGGCCAUGCCGCCGCUCGUUUCCCCUUCCUUCACGCGCGUCCGUUCUUGUUCCUAGGCGCUGCUUCGAGAUCGGAUGCGGCGGCGGCCUCGGCGGCGUUAACUGGGUUCAAGGGAAUCGGGACGAGGGUCUCACCGACGGUGAUGGCGGCGCAAGCGAGGCGUCUUCCCUUCGAUUUGGAUCUCAACCUGCCGCCGUUGCCGGAGGUGGCUUGAUCCCAACGCCUACAGAUCUUGACAGAACCCACAAACAAAAUUAUCUAAUAUUAUAUACAUAUCUUUAUGUUUUUUUGAGCUGGGGAGAGAGAGGGAGAUCCAACUCGGUGUACUUUCCUGUACAGGAAAGAGUUCAUUUCCCCUGUUUAUGAUAUGAAUUGUGGUUUCCUCUCGCCAUUAAUUCAUGUGACAAGGAGAGGAAGAACAAAUCUGAAUCAGAGACUUACUACAUUUAAUUUGGAUUA